AUGCGUUUGUCAUACUUGUGCGUUGUUCUCGUCCAAUGUUUACUCUUUUCGGGGGUUGGAUCAGCUAGAAUACCAAAAUCGCCAGCCUUCACUGUGCUCGUGAAUAAUACUCUAGAACCGGCCGCUGUGCAAUCCAGCCCUUCUUAUCUGUUGCUGCGCGAAGCACGAACGCAUGAACACGCUGCUGCGGCUUGUAACUCACUGGGGGAGGUUCUGGCAGGUGUCAAAGAUGUGCCUUUCUUCCAGCCGUUGCUCUUGUUGCACCUGAGAGCUAUGGAUGAGGAGAAAUCUUAUCCCAUGUGGUUGGAAGGAAACCGCGGGGCCUGCGUAGCAUACAGUCUGCCGAAUAAUCAACCCUCGAGCAUCGAGUGCACCCGUCGCAUUCGCGCUCUUUGCACCAAUAGUGCAGGAUAUCAGAUUGGCGUCAGUCCACCGUCUACGAGUCGCCAUGUAUUCGUUGAUACCUCUCAAGGCCUUAUUAAGGGGUUCCGAGACCGCUUGACGGCACGAUUCCAGGGGAUUCCCUAUGCGAAACCUCCAAUAGACGAGCGUCGACUGAAGAACCCAGAAAGAUUGCACAGCUUACUCGGACGAGAAAAGGAAUUGGCAUAUGAUGCUACAGAGUUCAGAGCGCUCUGUCCGGUACGUUGCCCGAUUAAGGGUCCAACAAGAGCACGUAACAUGGCUCCGAACGCUACACCGGACCUCCCAAGCCCAAAUUACACUAUAUCCGAAGAUUGCCUGUAUCUGAAUAUUUACACCCCAAUGCUUCCUGAAAACGAGUCCCCUCAUUUGUUACCUGUGGUGUUUUGGAUUCAUGGGGCUCAAAUUAUUACGGUGGCUCAUAUUGGAAGCAACCAAGCUAUGCGGGACCAACUAAUGGCUCUGGACUGGGUUCGGGAGCACAUCAAAUCGUUUGGUGGCGAUCCUGGACGGGUAACGAUUUUUGGUGAGUCCUCGGGAGGCAGUGCGGUGAUGUCUCUCCUCCAGACAGCCUCUGCGAAAGGCCUAUUUGCCCGUGCCAUUGUUCAGUCUGGAAGUACAUGGUCAGGUUGGCAAAGGCCGCACGUGCAGGCCCGCCUCACACGAAUGUUUCUUGACCUAGCCGGUUGUGACGAUCUAAAUUGCGUGAAAAACAAUCGUACGAUGGGGGAGAUUCUAGAAUGCCAAGACCGGCUCGUUCCCUCGGGGGAAGUCAACUUUAUCGAGCCUUUCCGGCCCUUUAUUGAUGAUGAUCUGAUCACGGAGGAUUGGGUUACUGCGCUGGAGAACGGUCGUUACCAUCAGGUUCCAACACUUGUCACGUACACCCGGGACGAGUUCGGAUUGAUUUUGCAGGCCAAUGAGACAUUUAAGGACGGACCGGCAAAGUACUCAACGGCGGUUGAGUUUCUGGCCACAUUUCUCCUGGGUGGGGACCGCACCAGAGAAGUGCUAGAUACGCCGGAGUUAGGGUUCAACCGGUCAUUGAUCCAUGCGCCUGAUGUUACCGACCCCUUCAUUCAAUUUACUACAGAUCUUAGUUACCGAUGUAGCAGCGAGAUCUAUGCAGGGUUUUUGGAGAGGCAUAACCGCAACGUCUGGGAAGUUGGCACAAAGCGUGCCUGUCAUGCCGCUGAAAUCCCCAUCCUUUUCGGCUCAGCCAAUUAUGCCAAUAUCAGCAGUAGUGUGCUCGCCUCCGUCAACUACUUCCAGCAAGCCCGGAACACGAUUGACCUGUACAGCAACUUCGUGCGUGAUGGCGAGUUGAGAAUCAAUGCGACCUACUAUCCACGGCGUGAUGGUAACACAGUCCGCAACGUCCUCCAUUGGGACGACAUGCCUGCGUCAACACGUGGGGGCGUCCACUGGGAGAUCUGUCAGAAGAUGGAUGAGAUGAAUUUAUAUGAUCGGUUACAUUACCCGUAUCUCCCCAUCGCUGGCCACCCGAACACAAAGGAAGGUCACAGUUCUUUGCAGUAUCCCCUGGUGGCUGGAACCUUUCAUUAA